GCGAAAAUAUUGAUGAGUCAUAAAUGUUUGUAUUGUAAAGUUGAGCAAGUWAUGUCAUACGUAAAAGCGUUGCUAGCACUGUACUGUUUGUUAGACACUGUAAAGAUAAUCAUGGAGCAACCCGAGAGAUAUUUUGCUUACGGAUCGAACAUGAACGCUGAACGAAUGAAGGAGAGAAAGGCUUAUUACACUGAUCGAAUUCCCGCAAAACUGUCAGGCUACAGGCUUGUCUUUGCUUUCAAUAGCGGAAGUGGAUUCGGAUCGGCCACCAUCGUCGAGGAUCCAAACUCUGUAGUUCACGGUGCAUUGUACACUUUGGAAAAAGGAGGUCUUGAAACGCUUGACUUUUUUGAAUGGGUCGACAGAGGAGGAUAUAGCCGUCUGUCUAUCAAAGUUGAACUUGAACGAGGCGAAAUGUUGGACUGYAUUACAUAUGUUGCUACGCCAGCAUACCACAAAGAUGGCCUGAUACCGUCCAAGAGUUAUUUAAGCCAUUUGCUAAAGGGAAAAGAUGUUCUUCCUAGCGACUACUAUAGUUUUCUUGAAAAUCAUGAAUGUGGGAGCUGAAUGUAUAUGGACGCCAUGCAACGUGCUUUACUCGUGGUCUGAAGCGUUUACAGGAUUAACUACGUGAAUAGUUUUGAAAACUUUCUAUUUGUUUACGGGACAAUGACUUAGAGAGAAAUAUAAAGCUAGGAAGAGAAUUUUAAAAGGUUUAUGAUUAGAAUUAUUCUUUAUGAUGAUUGUUUAGCAAAAUAUUUGUAAAAAAUCAUCACUUUCCUGAGGAUGCUGAAACCCAUGACUAGUCAUGUGUCAAACUUAAUAUUAGAUAACUUGAAAGUUUAUUAGCUAGAAUGCAUACCAUAUAUCAGUGACAAACUUAUUUAAUGAUGAUGAACUUAUUCCUUACAGAGAGUGGUACAAGUGAGUUGAGUUUGUUUGAUGCAUUGUUUUGUUUCCCUUGCCAGGCUUUACUCCUGCUUCUCUGAUUUCCCUCCUCAUCAAAUAUUGACAGUGCUAGAUGGCACAGCAGGGCUAGUCUGCACUAGCAUAGGGAGGGGAGAAAGGGGGCACAUGCCACCUCCCCAAAAAAGUUUGUUUUUGGCACGUGUCUUUUGGCACUAAAAUUUGAUUAAUUUC